UAUAGGACAGACCGUGACUCCGUGUGCGCGUGCAUCUUCCUUUCCAGCGCCCUCUCUUUUUUUUUCCCUGGAUCGCAGACAUGGAUAAUCGACCGAAGCUUGGAGGCAUCGCCGUGGACAAAAACCUCCAAGACUUAGUGGCGAGAACCCGAUACCCCCUGGUGCAGGAGAACGGGCAACGCAAGUACGGGGGCCCCCCGCCGGACUGGGAGGGGGGCCCGCCCCCGAAGGGUUCCGAAGUGUUCGUGGGGAAGAUCCCCCGGGACUGUUUCGAGGACGAGCUUGUCCCGGUGUUCGAACGGGUCGGGAAGAUCUACGAGAUGAGGCUGAUGAUGGAUUUCUCAGGGUCGAACCGCGGCUACGGGUUCGUGAUGUACACGUGUCCCGAGGACGUGCAGAAGGCGACGAGGACCCUGAACGGCUACGAGAUCCGCCCGAACCGGAACCUGGGCGUGGUAAAGAGCGUGGACAACUGCCGGCUCUUCGUCGGGGGGAUCCCAAAGAACAAGACCAGGGAGGAGGUGCUGGAGGAGAUGACGAGGAUGGCGGAGGGGGUGGUGGACGUCCUGCUGUACGCGAGCGUCACGGACAAGACGAGGUCCCGGGGGUUCGCCUUUGUGGAGUUCGAGAGUCAUCGGGCGGCGGCCAUGGCGAGGAGGAAGUUCUCGCCGGGGAAGAUGGUCCUGUGGGGGCACGAGCUCGCUGUGGAUUGGGCCGAGCCCGAGCCCGAGGUCGACCCGGAGACCAUGGCGAAGGUGAAGGCCCUGUACGUGAGAAAUCUGAUGGUGACGACGACGGAAAAUCAGCUCCGUGACAUCUUCAACGAGCUGUCCGGGGACGGGGUGGAGAAGGUGAAGAAGCUGCGGGACUUCGCCUUCAUCCAUUUCGCGACCAGGGAGCAAGCCGAGAGCGCUCUCGAGGCCACCGAAACCGGGCUGGAAAUCGAUGGGAUCUCGGUGGAGGUGAUGUGGUCGAAACCGGUGGAUCGGAACGCGUACCGCCUCACGAAGGCCCUGUCGAAGAACCACCACCCCCACGGGAUGUUCGGGUCCGUGAGCCCUCCGCCGCCGUCCAUGCAAGCCCUGCCCGCUCACUACGACCCCAUGAUCCCCAACGCGACCGGUGAAAAGCCAAGACAGCUUGGCACCGUAGAGCAGCGGCCCCCGCUGAGUGAGAACAAGCAUGGCGCCUGGGGAAGCGAGUUCCCAUCGCAGCAGCGUGUCAUGCACAGGAGCGCCUUGGUGCAAGCAGGGCAUUUUACUCGUGGGAACGGGGGGAAAGGAAGAGGAGCAGCCGGAUUUCGAGCUGGGCGGGGAACCACCAUCCCUUUGCCUCUCCUAGCCAAGAAUCCUCUCUUUCGCCGCGGACACAUCGAGCUGAGGCAAUGGUAUGAUCUUCAACCUGGCAUGGAUCUCAUUCCCACUAACCCUUACACUCUCCGACCCUACAAGCCUCCUCAACAGGUUUUGGAGGAAUUGUGCGCGAAGAACAACCUGGGAAGUCCCGUGUAUACCCUUUUGCAGACAAAGGCCGUUCCGGACGACAAGGGUGAACCCUUGUACUUGUACAAGAUUACUAUCCCGGGGAUAGAUCAUCCUUAUAACAACUUGCAGCCCAACAAAUUGGUGAAGAAUCCAGAGGAGGCCAAAGACGUGGCAGCAGAACAUGCCCUUAGCCAACUCGGCUGCCCUGUUGAAGGUUGCAUGGUGCCUGUGCCAGUGUGCUUGCCACCUCCUCCGCCCAUGCAAGCGGGUGGAUUGAUCAUGAGGUCACCUAUGCCUCAAAUGGCUUCUCAGUUCGUGACUGCAAUGCCUCCAGCAGGGAACUCGAACAUUCUUGCUCACACCACUCCGACCACCUACCUCUUCCAGGCCAAUCCAGCCAGCAGCAAAAUGACCCGUAAGAUUCCAAUGGAAGUCGAUGGGUGCUUCCCGUCCUUCCUUGAUCCCACUCCCUCCGGCAGCUUCUUUAGCAGUUCUGCUUCAAGCUUCUGGCCAGCUUACGAGAACCACUACUAUGAUGGGAUCCCAGCCAUGGACAUAGAUGAGGAGGAAGAUCAAGCCACAAGAGAAGAGAGCACUGACAAGAGUCUGUGGCAGUGCCCUCAGAUUAUUUUCAAUGACAACUGUGAGGCUGGAGGGGAAAGCAUUUCUCUCAUGGCUAAAAACAGAACAAGUGUAGUGAAUGUGGAUGUAACAGUAGUCAUGGAACUCAAACCAAGGGAUAGGAUGGGAACAUGCAGCCCAUGCCAAGUCCAGCCAAAGCUGUACCUCCUCAAAGAGCUGCUGGAUUUUUAUGUCCAGCAGCAAGAACUAUGA